AUAGAUGUCAUUCUCUCUGAUAUGGCCCCUAAUGCUACUGGCACUAAGGAUCUCGAUCAUGAGGUCAUUAUCGAACUUGCAUAUUCUGCUCUAAGAUUUGCCAUUCAGCACUCUGCUUUACAGGCGACUUUCCUUUGUAAGAUAUGGGAAGGCCACAGAGACAGAACAUUCAUCAGCGAUGUGGAAAAAUUCUACAAGACUGUGAAAGUUGUGAAGCCACCAGCCAGCAGGAGCGAUUCUUCAGAAAAAUUUAUUUUAGGGAAAAUGUUUUGUGGUGUAGGUGUAAAAUGAAUAUUUUGCCUUAACAUUUAUAUACCUUUCUUUCUUUUAACACACCGGCCGUAUCCCACCGAGGCAGGGUGGCCCAAAAGGAAAAACAAAAGUUUCUCCUUUUACAUUUAGUAAUAUAUACAAGAGAAGGGGUUACUAGCCCCUUGCUCCUGACAUUUUAGUUGCCUCUUACAACAUGCAUGGCUUACGGAGGGAAGAAUUU